AUGGGUAGUGUUAGGGACUUUAAUGCUAUUUCAAGUGUGGAUGAUAGACUGGGAAGCAUUGUGAGACAAGCUGAAAUAGGCCCUAUGCUUGAAUGCAUGAGAAUAUGUGAAUUGCAGGAUAGUAAAGCUAGUGGAAGGUUUUACACUUGGACCAACAAGCAGGAGGGGGAGGCUAGAGUCUUCUCUAGGAUUCACAGGGUGUUGGUUAAUAACCCAUGGGUGGAUAAAUUUGAUCUAGCUGAAGCUACUUUCCUACCUGAAGGCAAUUUUGAUCACACACCUGUCCUCUAUGAUGAGCUAUUGGAUGUGGUGAACACUGAAUGGAGUAAGAUGAUUCAUGGGUGUCCCAUGUAUAGAGUAGUGGAGAAAAUGAAGAAUAUAAAAGCUAGACUGCAAUAUUUGAAGAAAUCAGGUUUUGGGGACAUAGAAAAAGAGGAAAUAGUAGCCAGAGCUGAGUUAGCUGAAGCACAGAAUGAGCUCCACUCUGAUCCUUGCAAUGAUAACCUGAAGAUCAAGGAGAAAAUGGCUAAGCUGAAGUGGUUAAAAUAUGGUGAUGAGAACACCAAAACUUUCUAUCAAGCUAUAAAAACAAGAAGAAUGCAGAAUAGGAUACAUGUUGUCCAUACACAAAAUGGGGAAUGGGUUAACACAAUAGAAGGUGUUAAUAGAGCAUUUCUAGACUUUUAUCAAAGCUUGUUUGCUGAGAAACCACAACAAAAACCUGUUCUUAGCACAUUGAUGGCAAAUGGCAAGAUGUUAACUGAGCAGCAUUUGAGAAUAUUACAAGCUCCUUACACAAGAGAGGAUGUCCAGAGGGUCAUUUUCAGUAUCCCUGAUGAGAAAGCCCCAGGGGCAGAUGGGUUUAAUAGCUGUUUCUUCAAAGCUAGCUGGGAUGUGAUUGGAGAGGAAGUCACUGAAGCCAUCCUUGAUUUUUUCAAAAUAGGGAAAUUACUUAAGGUGUUAGAAGGUGUGGGUUUCCCUAAUUGGUUUGUUCAGCAGAUAAUAAUGACUUAUAUUACAACUCCAAAAUUUUCCAUUAUGGUAAAUGGAUCUCCUGUGGGUUUUUUUGGGGCUCAACGUGGAUUGAGACAAGGAGACCCAAUGACUCCUUUACUGUUUGCUUUGGGAAUGGAUUAUCUGGAUAGAAUCUUGAAGUUUGUGGGGGAUCAAGAAGGUUUCCAAUUCCAUGUGAAAUGCAAAGAAAUGAAAAUUUCACAUCUAUGUUUUGCUGAUGACCUGUUACUAUUCUGUAAGGGAGAAUUUAGGUCAAUCUACACACUACUGCAAGGGUUUGAAAUGUUUUCUCAUGCAUCUGGAUUGGAGGUCAAUAAAAAUAAGUCUGAAAUUUACUAUGCAGGGAUGCAGCAGAAUGAAAUACAAAGGGUAACUGAUAUCAGUGGGUUUCAGAAGGGAAAACUGCCUUUCAGGUACCUAGGGGUGCCCAUUUCAACCACAAAACUGAAAGUUAAAGACUGUCAGGCCAUGAUUGAAAAGAUGACAAGUAGAAUAAGACUCUGGAGUACAAGACACCUGUCUUUUGUAGCUAGAAGUCAACUCAUUAACAGUGUGUUAAUGAGUAUGCAUGUUUAUUGGGGCCAGCUCUUUAUACUGCCUAAGAGUAUCUUAAAAGAGAUCAAUAACAUCUGCAGGAACUUCCUAUGGACUGGAGAGCAUAACUAUGCAAAGGUUGGAGCAGUGAAGUGGGAUAAGCUUUGUCAUACCAAAGCUACAGGGGGUUUGGGGUUCAGGGAUACCUACUUGUGGAACCUGAUUGCAGUAGGGAAGCUAGCUUGGGCUGUAGCUCAGAAAAAAGACAACUUGUGGGUGAAGUGGGUUAGUGAGAUGUAUGUCAAGGACCAACCUUGGAACACUUAUGAAGCUCCAAAUACAGCAAGCUGGGCAUGGAAGUAUAUCAAUAAUGCAAAAAAGGAACUGUGUGAUAGAUUACAAGGGGAUCAAUGGAUGAGAGAUUCAAGCUUCAGCAUAAGCAAACACUACCAGCAACUUCGAAGCAAUGGAGAGAAGCUUCAAUGGUGUAGGAGUGUCUGGAAUAGAUACUCUCAGCCUAAGCACAGAUUUAUUCAGUGGCUAGCAAUGCAGGAUAGGCUCAAAACCAAAGCUAGACUCAAAAUGAUGCAUAUAAGCAUUGAUGAUAAUUGUGUAGUAUGUGACAGCAUGACAAAAAGUGUGGAACAUUUAAUGUUUGACUGUCAUUUCAGUAAACAUUGCAUGAACAAGCUUAUGGAUUGGCUGAAAGUGCCAUGGAAAGGGAGAAAUAUGAAUAGCCUGUGCAGGUGGGUGACAACAAGAUAUAAAAGCACCAAAGUUCAGAGACAGGUAAUCUUAGCCACAAUUGCUGCUGCCAUCCAUAGUAUAUGGAAAAAUAGAAAUCAAGCCUACUGGGAUUAG